UAUAAAGAAGAGGUAAUGUGACUUGCCUGAAUUAAUCCUUCAAGUUAGUGACACAGCUGAAGCUAGAAUCCAGGUCCCCUAAUUCCCAGGAUUUAAUUCUUUAAAUGGCACCAUUUCGCAUGUAGAGCUUUCUAAAUUGCUAUGAACUAUGGCCCAACUCUACUACAAGAAGGUCAACUAUUCACCAUACAGAGACCGCAUCCCUCUGCAAAUUGUGAGGGCUGAGACAGAGCUCUCUGCAGAGGAGAAGGCUUUCCUCAAUGCUGUGGAGAAGGGGGACUAUGCCACUGUGAAGCAGGCCCUACAGGAGGCUGAGAUCUACUACAAUGUCAACAUCAACUGCAUGGACCCUCUGGGUCGGAGUGCUCUGCUCAUUGCAAUUGAGAACGAGAACUUGGAGAUCAUGGAGCUAUUGCUGAACCAUAGCGUGUAUGUGGGUGAUGCAUUGCUCUAUGCCAUCCGCAAAGAAGUGGUAGGUGCUGUGGAGCUUUUGCUCAGCUACAGGAAGCCCAGUGGAGAAAAACAGGUCCCCACACUGAUGAUGGACACCCAGUUCUCCGAGUUCACACCGGACAUCACUCCCAUCAUGCUGGCUGCCCACACCAACAACUAUGAGAUUAUCAAAUUGCUUGUCCAAAAACGAGUCACUAUUCCACGACCCCACCAGAUCCGCUGCAACUGUGUGGAGUGUGUGUCCAGUUCAGAGGUAGACAGCCUGCGUCACUCCCGCUCCCGACUGAACAUCUAUAAGGCUCUGGCAAGUCCUUCACUCAUUGCCUUAUCAAGUGAGGACCCCAUUCUAACUGCCUUCCGCCUGGGCUGGGAGCUCAAGGAGCUCAGCAAGGUGGAGAAUGAGUUCAAGGCUGAAUAUGAGGAGCUUUCCCAACAGUGCAAGCUCUUCGCCAAAGACCUGCUGGACCAAGCUCGGAGCUCCCGGGAACUAGAGAUCAUCCUCAACCAUCGAGAUGACCACAGCGAAGAGCUUGAUCCUCAGAAGUACCAUGACCUAGCCAAGCUGAAAGUAGCAAUCAAAUACCACCAGAAAGAGUUUGUUGCUCAGCCCAACUGCCAACAGUUGCUUGCCACCCUAUGGUAUGAUGGUUUUCCUGGAUGGCGGCGGAAACACUGGGUAGUCAAGCUUCUGACCUGCAUGACCAUUGGAUUCCUGUUUCCAAUGCUGUCUAUAGCCUAUCUGAUCUCACCCAGGAGCAACCUUGGGCUGUUCAUCAAGAAACCUUUUAUCAAGUUUAUCUGCCACACAGCAUCUUAUUUGACCUUCCUCUUCAUGCUUCUCCUGGCUUCUCAGCACAUUGUCAGAACAGACCUCCAUGUACAGGGGCCUCCUCCAACUGUUGUGGAAUGGAUGAUAUUGCCUUGGGUUCUAGGGUUCAUUUGGGGGGAGAUUAAGGAAAUGUGGGAUGGUGGAUUUACUGAAUACAUCCAUGACUGGUGGAACCUGAUGGAUUUUGCAAUGAACUCUCUCUACCUGGCAACUAUUUCCUUGAAGAUUGUGGCCUAUGUUAAGUAUAAUGGUUCUCGUCCAAGGGAGGAAUGGGAAAUGUGGCACCCGACUCUGAUUGCAGAAGCACUCUUCGCAAUAUCCAACAUUUUAAGUUCUUUGCGACUCAUAUCCCUGUUCACAGCCAACUCCCACUUAGGGCCUCUACAGAUCUCUUUGGGGCGCAUGCUACUUGAUAUCCUCAAAUUUCUCUUUAUCUACUGUCUGGUACUGCUGGCUUUUGCCAAUGGAUUGAACCAGCUUUACUUUUAUUAUGAGACAAUAGCUAUUGAUGAGCCUAACAACUGCAAGGGGAUCCGAUGUGAGAAACAGAACAAUGCCUUCUCCACGCUAUUCGAAACCCUUCAGUCACUCUUCUGGUCUGUAUUUGGCCUUUUGAACCUCUAUGUCACCAAUGUGAAAGCCAGACAUGAGUUCACCGAGUUUGUGGGAGCUACCAUGUUUGGGACAUACAACGUCAUCUCCCUGGUUGUGCUGCUGAACAUGCUGAUUGCCAUGAUGAACAACUCCUACCAGCUCAUUGCUGAUCAUGCUGAUAUUGAGUGGAAAUUUGCAAGGACAAAGCUCUGGAUGAGUUACUUUGAUGAAGGUGGCACCUUGCCACCACCUUUCAACAUAAUCCCCAGCCCCAAGUCAUUUCUAUAUCUUGGUAACUGGUUCAACAAUACCUUCUGCCCAAAAAGAGACCCUGAUGGUAGACGGAGAAGACACAACUUGAGAAGCUUCACAGAACGGCAUGCAGACAGUCUGAUACAGAAUCAACAUUACCAGGAAGUUAUCAGGAAUUUAGAGAAAAGAUAUGUGGCUGCUAUGAUAAGAAAUUCCAAAACAAAUGAAGGUCUAACAGAAGAAAAUUUUAAGGAAUUAAAGCAGGACAUCUCCAGCUUUCGAUAUGAAGUGCUUGAUCUCUUGGGAAAUAGAAAACAACCAAGGAGAAGCUUUUCUACUAGCAGCACUGAACUUUCUCAAAGGGAUGAUACCAAUGAUGGCAGUGGUGGGGCUCGGGCCAAAUCCAAGAGUGUCUCUUUCAAUUUAGGCUGCAAGAAAAAGGCCUGCCAUGGAACACCCCUCAUCAGAACCAUGCCCCGAGCCAGUGGUACCCAAGGGAAGUCAAAAGCUGAGUCAUCAAGCAAACGGUCCUUCAUGGGUCCUUCUCUCAAGAAACUGGGUCUCCUGUUCUCCAAGUUUAAUGGUCAUAUGUCUGAACCCAGUUCAGAGCCAAUGUACACAAUUUCUGAUGGAAUUGUUCAACAGCACUAUAUGUGGCAGGACAUCAGAUAUUCUCAGAUGGAGAAAGGGAAAGCAGAGGCCUGUUCUCAAAGUGAAAUUAACCUCAGUGAGGUAGAAUUAGGUGAAGUCCGGGGCGCUGCUCAGAGCAGUGAAUGCCCUCUAGCCUGUUCCAGCUCUCUUCACUGUGCAUCCAGCAUCUGCUCCUCAAAUUCCAAACUUUUAGACUCCUCAGAGGACGUAUUUGAAACUUGGGGAGAGGCUUGUGACUUGCUCAUGCACAAAUGGGGUGAUGGACAGGAAGAACAAGUUACAACUCGGCUCUAAGUCAAGCCACUAUCACCUGUUCUGGAACUCAACAGAAAAUUUGUAAUUUCCUUUCUCUCAGAGGUGACAUAUAUAGAAUAUGAUUUCCUCAUCACCUCCAUAGGAGAGUGAAAGUCCUAUUAUUUUCGCCAUCUUUUAUAGCCACAUUCUCCAUUUUUUGUUUUAUUAUUAUUAUUUGCCUUUUUAUACCUAUAAACACUAAGUCCAUCUCACAACCAAUUAAAGGGGUAUCGCCCCUAAUCAGCAGAGGUGCAGCCGGGUGCUUAACCCUUUUGCUUUGCUUUUCUUACCCUUGCUUCCUUGAAGCUCCAGGUGCCACUUUGCUACUGUUGCUGCCACACAGAUUCCUGACCAUCGUCAGGAUCUCAUGCCAUUUCCCCACAGGGUUGAGAGAUGUGGUCAGUAGUCCCCACCAGCUGUGCGAUAAAGGCAAACUAACCUGCCUAUCUUUGUUGCCCUUCAGUGCUACAUGCUGCCCACAUUGGUUCAAUGAACAGUAUCACAGGGAGGCCGAACAGACUCUAAAGAAUUGUCAGCUUGUGGUUUCUAGGUAUAACUGGCUUUUUUCUUUUGAUUUUAAACAUUACAACUUCUUAUUAUGGGGGCUGUUGAGGUUUUUUUGUUUGUGUUUCCUAGAGAUGUGUUAGUUUAAUGUGUGCCAAUGAGAUAUUUAUCCCAUAGCAUAUGUUAUAUCUGCUAAGUUAGAUGAAUUCCUUUCCUGUGUUUGUGUUUUUCAGUUAACUACAUUUUAAAAAUUUGAUAGCAUUGAAAUUAGUAUUUAGGAUGUGUACUGUUUUUAAAAAAUCUUCUACUGCACUCUAACCAAUAGUCACUACAUCUCAUACAUUGACAACAAAAAAUAAUUAGCUGGUAUAUUUAUAGGGUCCUAUCUAUUGUUGAUAGUUUUAAUCAUCAUUGCUUUCAAAGCUCUUCUAAGAUAAAAGCCUGGAUUUGAAAUAUUUUUAUCAAAAAAACUACAUCUUGCUGAGGUGUUAAAAUCUGAAAAUAAGAGCAUCUUCAUUUUAAUUAAUUGCUUUCAGGAAAAAAAAGCAAUUUUAGGUCUAGAUAACCUAAUUCAGGUUGCAGUUUUAAUAUUCAUUGGAGGCAGUGGAAUUGCAUGUGUAAACUUAUGUUAAAUAUGUAACAUAACAACUCUAGUGGAUUCAUGAAAUUAUGAAUGUGAUCCCAAUUCUACUGUCUUCAAAGAAAGCUGCAUUUAUACAUACAAAUUAUUUUCCACAGUUUAAGAGUUCUUUACAGAAUACAAAGGUUCAAGUUUAAAGUUUAAAAAUGAAGU